AUGGCAGAUCUAAGUAGAGGGGGUGCCCUCUUCCCAAGUACAUCUCAGACUUCGGUGCUGAAAGACAUGGAUCUGGUGAACUGGUUGGAAAAGAAGCUUAGUGACGCUGGUGUGUGGUCAGGGCGCAUGACUGCUUCUAUGUUGUCCAGAGAAAUGCUUGAAGAAUUAGAAACUUGCUUUCAAGCGAUUGAUGUCCAAACGAAGCUCAAAAUCAUUUCAUGCAUUCCUCACAUGAAUCCACGAAAAUUAAGCAUGGUGCAUGCGGCUCUUCUUACACUACUCGAUUUAGCUAGUAAGGAUGCUGAUGACUGGGUAGAAACAAUUGCAGAUAUGUAUAGGGAUAUGCCGUCAACUGGUGUGAUUAUUCCUGUGUGUACUAACAAAGACUCCCACUUUGCUAAGACUCUAGAGGACCUCACAAAAUGCUUCCAAGGGCAUCUUGAAAAUGGUGAUUUGAAAUUAGCACCGGAAGGACACAAUAUUGUCAGCAAUUCGGUCAAUAAGGCCAGCUUUGGUCCUCCUCUGGAAACGCAGAAGUCUUUUAUUCUACGCAAGAAACCGAAGUCUUUCAACCUUAUGAACGAUAUGAUGAAACUGCCCAUGAAAGGAAUUCCCAAUCAGAAUCCGUGCAAACUCAAUGCCGGAUUCACAUAUGAACCAAAGAAGUUCCAACGCCAACUCUCGAAACGUGAAGGAGGAGCAAAAUUGUUAGAUAUUUGUGAACUACCUCAGUCUCUUAAAAAACGACGUCAAAUGGAAAUGAUUGAGGAGAGAAAACGGAAACAGGAGGAAAAGGAAAUGGCGAGGAAGAAAGCACUCGAGGACAGGAAGGAAAAAGAAGAUGCCAGAAAAGCUGCCCAACAAAAGAUUCAGGAGAAUGCGAAACGGCAGGGUGAGAAGAAAUCUCAGGUCGAGGAUGUGCGAGCUCAUGAUGGAGGUGAUGGGUCUGAGCAGAUGGAUGAUACCAGUGCAUCUGUAGCACCAGAAGAAUCGUCCUCAGAGACAUCUGUUCCUUCUACAAGUUUCCCUGAAGAGAUGCAAUCACAACAGGAGGGAAUGGAGCAAGAGCAAAAAUUAAUGGCGCCAUAUUUCAUGGGAUUUCAGCCUUCUAUGGUCCAUCGCCCUCCAGGUUAUCCCGGCGCUGUUUGGGUAGCUACGCCUGUUCGAGAUCAGCGGACGCCUGCUCAAAGAGCUCGUGAAGCAGCAAUAAUGAAUCAAUGUAACGAAAUGCUACGCAAUGCUAAUUCCUUGGAUCAAAAUGGUAGACAACUAGUGAUUGCGUUUAUGACUGGAAAUAAGUGUAAUCCUCGUCCUGAACUUGGUCAUAUAAUCACGAUGAAGCUAUCUGAGACAAUUGAAGAUGGCCUAGCGGACAACCAGAUGUGCAAGAUGAAGGUGGAAACAUUUUUCCAGAUGGAUUACCAGAGUGGGGAAUGGAAGAGACUCCGUAAAUGUCGACUACUUCAACCACAUGAGUUGGCAAAUGCCAAUGAACAGUACGUGUACGUACCCACGGAGGAUUACCAUUCACAAGCCCAACGACAGCCAACAUAA